CCCGGGGCUGCGCCGGGCGGGGCCUGUGCUCGGGGCGGGCGGAGGCCGCGGAUGGUGGGGCCUGCGUGCCUUCCUUCCGCGUCCCUUCCUUCCUCGUCCCUGCGCCGGGAUCCGCUCCCCGCCGCAGGUCAGGGAUCGCGACCCCCGGCUGUCCCUGACCAUGUCCCUGCUCCUGUCCCUGCCCCUGCCGCUGUCCCUGACUAUCCCGGUCCAAGCGGCUGCCUCAUUAUUUCCGUUUGACUUAAUAAAGCAGUCGCGGGCCGCAUAAUCUUUGGGUUAUUCCUUUGUGCCUCAUAGAUUUUCUCUCAAAGCAGCUAAGGAAGGACAAUGGGAGUUCAAGGACUUUGGAAGCUGCUUGAAUGCACCGGGAGACCCAUAAACCCAGAAACGCUGGAAGGGAAAAUUCUUGCUGUUGAUAUCAGUAUUUGGUUGAACCAAGCAAUAAAGGGAGCCAGAGAUCGUGGUGGCAUUUCUGUACGGAAUGCUCACCUGCUCACUCUGUUUCAUCGGCUCUGCAAGUUACUGUUUUUCCGGAUUCGACCCGUCUUUGUUUUUGAUGGAGAAGCGCCUCUUCUGAAGAGACAAACCUUGGCCAAGCGAAGACAAAGAAAGGAAAUUGCUAUCAAUGAUUCCAGGAAAACUACAGAGAAACUCUUGAAAACACUUUUGAAGAGACAUGUUAUCAAAACUGCUAUUACAGGCAAAAGCAAUGAAGCUUUGCCCAGUAUUACACAAGUUCGAAGACAAGGAAUUGAUGAUAUGUAUGUAUUGCCUACUUUAGAGGAUGAAGAGAAGCAUAGCUCAGAGGAGGAGGAAGAAAAGGAAUGGCAAAUGAGAAUGAGCCAAAAACAGAUGUUGCAAGAACAGUUAUGUGAAAAUCCUUAUUCUAUAGAUAUUGAAUCAGAAGAUUUCCACAAGCUUCCUCCAGAAAUAAAACAUGAGAUCUUGACUGAUAUUAAAGAACUUACAAAGCGAAGAAGAACGUUAUUUGAAGCAAUGCCAGAGGACUCCAAUGACUUUUCCCAGUACCAGCUUAGGGGUUUGCUUAAAAAAAGCAACCUCAAUCGGUGCAUAGAAAAUGUACAAAAAGAAAUGAAUCAACAGCACUCGGGUGAAAUCCAAACACAAUAUGAAAAUGAAGGUGGUUUUGUGAAAGAAGUGGAAUCAAGGAGGGUGGUCUCUGAAGAGACUUCUCACUAUAUUCUGAUAAAGGGUAUUCAAGCAAAAGAGGCUAUGAAUAGAGACUUGGAAACUACUGCAGGACCCUCAUCAAAAAUGCAUGAAUUGCCUAAAUUAAAUAAAAUCAAUGAAUCACCUGCUAAUGCAAAGCUGUCUGUAUCUGACAAGAAGCAGACAGAGGAAGAUGACAGUGUGGUGGCAGCACCCCCCUCUCCUCGGACUUUGCUUGCUAUCCAGGCAGCCAUGGUGGAAAGCAGCUCAGAAGAAGAACUGGACACAGGACAAUUGAGUGUGGACCAGUUUGUGUCAGAGGAAGGCAGCGUGUCUCCAAGAACACUGCGGGCAAUUCAGCAAGCUCUUAGUGAAGAUGAUAAAGGGGAGGAAGUUGUUACUGCUACAACUGGUGGAGUGCUGUCAGAAAGACCAGAAGGGAAGGAUUUUCUGCUUUGUAGCUCAGAUGAGGAAGAGCAGAUUCCUAAAGUUGAGGGAAAAAACAUUCCUAUAGCUACAAUUCAUUCAUCAAUCCAAGUGACUAUGCAAGAUGCUAAAUUUAAACAGAAGAGUCAGGAGUUGGAAAAAAGUGGUAUUACACCCAAAGACACUGUUAUAUUCAGAGAUGAAAAUUAUUCUGCUAUUGAAAAUACUAGAAAAGGCAAAGAAGAUGUAGACGAAGAAAAUGAUUUGGAAAAGCAUAUUGCACCCAAGGACACCAGUAUAUCCAGAGCUGAAACUUAUAUUGACAAUACUAUAAAGGACACAGAAGAUGUAGACAGGGAAGAAAAUGGUUCCAAAAAUCAUAUUUCACCAAAUGAUACCUGUAUAUCCAGAGCUGAAAAUUAUUCUUACAUUAACAACACUAGAAAAAAUAAAGAAGACUUGGACAAAGAAAAAAAUGGUUCCAAAAUGGACUUAAAGUCUCUGGGAGAGAAGGAUAUGAAUUUAUGUUUGCAGAAGCCAAGCUGUUCCCCUGAGCAAACCAAUAUAGAUGCUUUGAUUCACACUGAAACAACAGACCUUUCUAAAAAUGAGAAAAACUUGAAAGUUUCUGAAAAUACACAGGCAGUAAUUUCACAAACAGAGGAGAAUGUAUCUGAGGAUAUUAGACUUUUUCCAGAAGCAAGAGAUCCUGAGGUGGAAAGAGAAGGGAUAUCACAGUCUGAAGACAGUGAUUCUGAUGGAAGCUUUAUUGAAGUGGAUGCUGAGGUCAGUAAUGAGGCUGAGUCUCCUACUAAAUAUGAUGAAAAGGUGGGUGAUGAGCCAACACUUGCAGAAGUGGAGUCAGACAGACCUGAUGCUUUCACAGUGGACUUGCAGAAGGAAUCUGAUGAGGUGCAGUUGAGAAACACUCAGAAUAUUGAAGGAGAAGCUGAUGGUAAAGCUGCAGUGGAUGAGUGGCAAGAUAUCAGUUUGGAAGAACUAGAAGAAUUAGAAAAGAACCUUUCUGCUGAGCAAAUUACACUUCAGUCUCAAAAACAGCAGCAGGAACGUGUUGCUGCUUCUGUAACAGGACAGAUGUUCUUGGAAAGCCAGGAGCUCCUCCGUCUGUUUGGCAUUCCAUACAUCGAAGCUCCGAUGGAGGCCGAGGCACAGUGUGCCGUAUUGGACCUUACUGAUCAGACCUCUGGGACAAUCACUGAUGACAGUGAUGUUUGGUUGUUUGGUGCACGCCAUGUUUAUAAAAAUUUCUUCAGUCAGAACAAAUACGUAGAAUAUUAUCAGUAUGUUGAUUUUCAGAAUGAGCUAGGGUUGGAUAGAAACAAGCUAAUUAAUUUGGCAUACUUGCUUGGAAGUGACUACACUGAGGGCAUCCCAAAUGUUGGCUUUGUAACAGCGAUGGAGAUUUUAAAUGAAUUUCCUGGGCAUGGCUUGGAACCUCUCUUAAAAUUUGCUGAGUGGUGGAAUGAGGCUCAGAAGAAUAAGAAAGUGAUGCCUAAUCCACAUGACACCAAAGUCAAGAAGAAACUGCGGGAGCUACAGCUUUAUUCGGGUUUCCCAAAUCCAGCAGUGGCAGAAGCAUACCUGAAGCCUGUGGUGGAUGAGUCAAGGGGUUCAUUCAUCUGGGGAAAGCCUGAUGUAGAGCAGAUCAGAGAAUUCUGCAAGGAUCACUUUGGCUGGACUAGGACAAAGAUAGAUGGAAUCCUUUUGCCUGUGAUGAAACAACUGAACUUGCAGCAGACUCAGCUUCGAAUCGAUUCAUUCUUCAGAUUAGAACAGCAUGAAAAACAAGCUAUUAAAAGCCAGAGACUGCGCAGAGCUGUGACUUGUCUGAAGAGAAAGGGAAAGGAGGAAGCAGAUGAUGAAAUUCAGGAGGCCACUGCUGUCAUGGAGAUGGAACUUAAACAGCCUGGGAAAAGGAAAGGGGAAGGUACCACAGGCUGUGCAAAUCAAGCUGCAGCAACAAAAGUACAGAGUGGAAAGAGAAGAAAACAGUCAGAUUCCAGAAAAGAAUUUUUAUAUGGAGGUGGUUUUGUUGGAAAUCUGCAUCUUUCAGAAACUUCUAGUGACUCCUCAGUGGAGGAAUCCAAAGGCAGAGAUUUAGGCAAGAGCAAAAGGAGGAAAAACAUGUCUGCAACAGAGACAGCAGACCAUAAAGAGAAAAAAGGGUGCAGUAGCUCAAGUGGUGAGGAUGAAGAUCUGGGAAAUGUAGUCAUGGUGACUGCCAAACCUGUGUUUGAAGGCAGAAAAAAGAAAUUGCGGAGCAAGAGAGGAAUAAGAAAGAAAAUGUCUUAAAUAAAAGAAUUAUUUAAAAGGACUGAUUUUUCUGACUUGAGCUUUGUAAAUAUUCUAAUGAAUUCUUUUUAAAAAUAUAAUAAAUUAUCCUUAUUUGUACUGC